AUGCCGGCCGCGACCGUCGUCGGGGCCGCCCACAACAACACAAUGCCGUACGGGUUCGAGCCUGUGGGCGAGCCCACGAAGCUGGACGAGAAGGGGAACGCGGAGGUCGCGAACUCGCGUGCGAACCCAGCGUCGCACGUCCGCAAGAUGGGGCAGGCCAUCGGCGACGCGUGGCGCUCGCUGGGCUCGGACGGCGUAGACCCAGCGGUGAAGCACGCCAUGGCGCAGCCGAUCAAGGAGGCCGUUGAGGGCAAGCAGGCCCCCAAGUCGCAAGAGCCCGAGCUCCCGAAGGUGUCGCCCCAGGAAAACAACGUGUAA